GCAUGGUGUUUGCCAACACGAGUAUGAAGGGCGACUACGUGCGAAGAGUAUCUCGCUUUGUCACUUCGCAGUCGCCUACUUUUGGCGACAUUGAUCUCGGGGCGUCCGAGUACUUUCGGCCGUCCGAGUACAGGUUCUUCGAAGUCCACGUCGUGCUUGGGCCUCAGCUGGCGGCCCUGUGCGGGCGGGAGGAGAUGCGAGCAAUGGCCAAGAUUUACGACAUGGAGAAGGAGCGUGAGGCGGCGACGGUUCACGACAGGUGUGAGCCUGGAGCGUCCGGAUGGGGCAAGUACAUUCCGUAUGUGGCGGCGGUGACCAAGGUCGAGGAGCAGUGCGGGCUGGAUCAACUGACGCCGCGCUCCUUUGUGGGCCCGUUUGUCGACGUCAAUGGUACGGCGUGGGGAUGUGUCUCGUUUGUGGAAAAGAUGCCUGGCGAGGUGGCUUCGCUAGACGUCCUUAUGCGGUCGUCCAAGGUGCAGGAGACCGGCUUUCUCUUCUCGCUCGUCUCACACGUCAAGGACUGGCAGCUGCGGCUGAUGAUGCUGCGCGACGUGCUGCUCUCGUUUCGCGACCGGCAUCCUGGAAAUGUCUUUAUUCAUCCGCGCACGCUCGACCUGUACAACUUGGACGGCUUUCAGCUGACGCUCAAGCAGAGCUUCUUCCGGCCACAGACCAUCGACUCUUCGUUCCUGCCGAUGAGUGAAAAGCACGCGAUCGCAUCGUUUGGCUGGAUCUUUCGCAAGGGUGGCAAGCCAGAUAAGGGGGUCCAUGAGAUUCGCGGUCUCGACUACCGCUGCUGGAUUGCGCCGCCGGAGGUGAUCGCGGCUGGCGCGCCCGACGACUACGCCGACUUUCCGCCGACGAUGCAGAGUUGCCUUCAUCGCAUUGCGGGGCUCGAGACGCCGCAAGCAGUCCAGAACGAGUUUGGAUUUGCCGGUGUCGCCGAAGCUGGCAUGCUCCUUGACAACGCAAAGAGCUUGCUGGAACAUGGUCUCGCGGGCCAUGUCUACGCCACGGCCGUGGCCGAGCAGGAUCGCAUCUUCAGCAGGGCGUACGGGAGCAACUACCUGGAGCAGUUUGACAAAGCCGGCUCACUCGCUGCCGCGCUCACACCGUCAGGAGUCACCGAUCAUGUGAUUUGGUACCUGCCACGCGAGCCGUGCUGCGCCCGCGAGCCGCACGAUAGGCACGCGUGCGUCCCGUCGCCACUGCCAGCGGUAGCCGAGCCUGAUGGUCACGGCUGGGACUGGCUGGCCAUGUACGGCUCGCCCGAAGACGCGUUCAUCCUCUACAAUGGCGGGGCGCAUGAAUAUGGGCCAGUGUCGCACAUGUAGUACACUAUGGCGAGCUGCGCAAGAGCAUGUAAAAAGCCCAGUCUGCA